ACCACUGCAUGUGAUGUUUCUACCUUUGUUUGGGAGAGUUGUUUAUUUACACUCGUCUACAUGACAACCAUCAUGGCGACCCUAACUGUUAACCCUGCUUUGGCGAGCAAGAAAGUGGAUCUGAAGAAAGAACUUCAAAAGCUUCGGGCACAAUUCCUGACUAUACAACGUGAACGUGAUGUAAUCCUCUAUGGGAAACGCGUUAGCAACAGGAAAGAAUUCCUGCCACUGCAAGAAGUUGACAAGAAGUCUAAUGAGGAGAUAAAAGCAGAAAAACAUAUGUUGAAGCAGAAUCUUGCCAAAAUACAGUCCAUGGUAUCUCAGUUCAGGAAAGAGAUGAAAAUGAUAAGGCCCAGCCCUGAAUUUGUUGAGAAAUUGAAGAAUGUUAUGGAAGAAACGGAACAGUCUCUUAGUGAGUUUAAAGAAAAUCAACGGAAAAGUUACGAGGAAUUAAUGAAAGAAGAAAAAUUGACUUCACUUGAAAUUCAAGCUCUUGAGAAAAAAUUUGAAAGUUGGUCCAGGUCUGGUGAAGUACAGAUUAAUUUUGAAAUUGGCUCAAAGAAUCAAAGUAAAACUUCUGGACCAUCAUCAAGGGACAUUAUGGUUGAUCUACCACCAGAAGUUGCCAACUUUGAUAAAUAUGUUCUCCAAAAUGGUGGCCACCAAGGUGGAUGGGACGACUAUGAUCAUGAAACUUUCCUUCGUUACCGCAUCAAAUACAAGAAGAAGAAAACUUUCCUUGAGCAAGUGUUGCCAGCUCUCCCUGGGAGAUGUACAGAAGAUGUAGAACAGCACAUAGUUUGGUAUGAACAAUAUUUGCAGCUGAACCAAGAGAAGAAAGAUGCUAUAAAUCGGUGGAAAGGGCUAAAACUGAAAGAGAAACAAUCUUCAAAGGAAAUAUUUCCAGAUGAAGAAGAUAAAUCAAAGAAGUUGGCUUUGCAAAAAAAAUUAGAGGAAGAACGUCAGCAAAAAUUGAUUCAACUUCAACAAUGGAAGUCACAGCAAGCCACUGAGAAAGCAAAAGAAGAAAACUUAAAAAUGAAGGAGAAACUUGCUGAAGAAAGGAAAAAAGAGAAAGAAAAAAAGAAAAAAUUAGAACUGCGGAAAUAUGUUCAAGAAUACAGAGAAGCUAAAAGCAGGGAACUAAUGGAACUGAAGAGACAAGAAGAACGGCAAGAAAUGAUUGAAGCUGAGGCCCGGCGCAGAUUUGCUUCUUUGGAAGUUGUUCGAUUCAGAGAAAUGGAUCGAUUGAAAACUGCUAAGAAAAUUGAGAAAGCAAAACAAAAAGAAGAAAUGGCUGAAAGAAAAGAGAAACGUUUAGAAUCUCUGAGAAAACAGGUGGAGGUAGAAGUCCAGCGUGAUCCAAGUCGACUCUUUCAGCCAACUGCUGGAUGGAAGGAAAGAUUAAAAGAUAACACCUCUAGCAAUGUUACAGUUCCUUUACAGCAAAUACCUCACAGAGCUAUACCUUCAUGGCGUGCUGGUCUUUACUGAUCAAUGAAUCAACGAAAUGUGUAAAGAACUGAAUAUGAUAUUUAAAGAGGAGGAUGCUGCUUAUUUUUUGGUGUUUCUGUACAAGGCUACUUCACCUAAAGAAGUCCUUAACGAAGCAGUAUUCCUAAUAAAAUUUCAAGUGUCAUCGUUAACUCCAGAGUGAUACUUGCCACAUGAAGAUUAUUAAGAUGGUGGACAUUGGAAACAUGUAGAAUUAAGGAAACUAGGUGCAGAUAAAGGCCUGAGAAUGGACUGAAAGUUAUGGCUGUGUAAGGGACGACCGUGCGAACUCAUAAAAGGAGAAAUGGUGACGAAUGGAAAAACAGAGGACUCCUUUUAUUUAAACGCGUCACACGGUCGAACACACAAUAAUAUAUCGAAGAUGAUAUACUAAUAUGUUAUGCGACGAUAACAUAGAUGACCAGUAAUGAAAGACCACAACCGUAUAAGAUGAAUAACAGAUAUAUUUAUUGUAGCGUUAAAGAUGUAUGUCUGUGUGAGAGUGUGAAUGCGACAUAUAAGAACAUAAUCAAAGACAGGCCGUCGUACAAAGAAAAGUAUGUAUGUGAGUGAUACAUGUAUGUGUAUGUGUAUUAUUA